AGUAAGGUUUCACAUUGCUGUCAGCUCAACACACUGGAGGAACCUUUACAUUUUUCUCUUUUGCUUCUCAAGGUAGAUAUCUGAAUAUGUCUGACACAGAGGAGGUGAUGGAGGAGUACGAGGAGCAGGAGGGGGAAGAGAUUUGUGAUGAAGAGGAGGAUGAAUUGCUGGCAGUGGAGGGAGAGGAAGAAGAGGUAGCAGAGGAGGAGGAAGAGGCUGAGGAGGAAACUGAGGAAGAGGACCAUGUAAAAGUAGUUGAAGAGGACUCAAAACCCAAACCAAAACUGAUUUUGCCUAACCUUGCGCCGCCCAAGCUUCCUGAUGGUGAAAAAGUGGACUUUGAUGGCUUUCAGAGGAAGCGGAUGGGGAAGGAUCUGAAUGAGCUGCAGUCAUUGAUCGAGCUUCACUUUGAAAGCCGCCAGAAAGAGGAGGAGGAACUGAUAGCAUUGAAAAAGAGAAUCGAGAACCGCCGAUCGGACAGAGCUGAACAACACCGUAUCCAUACAGAGAGGGAAAAGGAACGCCAGGCAAGAUUGAUGGAGGAAAGAGUCAGGAAGGAGGAGGAGGAUGCCAAGAGGAAAGCCGAGGAAGAUGCCAAGAAAAAGAAGGCUUUCUCCAACCUGUCCUUUGGGGGAUACCUGCAAAAAGUGGAAAAGAGGACCGGAAAGAAACAAACUGAGAGGGAAAAGAAGAAAAAGAUCCUCAAUGACCGACGCAAACCUCUCAAUAUCGACCAUCUGAGCAAAGAAAAACUAAUAGACAAAGCUAAGGAGCUGUGGCAGUGGCUGUACCAGUUGCAGAUGGAGAAGUUUGAUGAACAAGAAAAGCUGAAGAAACAAAAAUAUGAUAUUCAUGUUCUGAGAAAUCGAGUCAGUGACCACCAGAAGGUAAAAAAUACCAAAGGGUCCCGCGGGGCGAAAGGUAAAGUGGGCGGCCAGUGGAAGUAAACAUGCUUGGAGAUCCAUAAUGUUCCAUGGUGGAGCCAGAAGCCACUGCAGUCAAGCAACAAAGAAGAGGUUCAGAGACCACUCAAGUUCCACUGUCAUUAUGUUAGGCCUAGCAAUAUCCUGUGUGAAACCAUAAUUUUGAAACUGAUAUAAAGAUUUCAGCCUUUAUAAUAUAAGAAACCAGUCAUUUAAAAACAAUUGAUGGUGUAUACAUAAGCCAAAGUCAUAGUCUGUACAGAAAAAAACAAUAUUUGUAACAAAAAGCCUGUAUUAAGUGUAACAAAUGCAGUAAAAAAUGAUUUCUUAUGCUGUUCAAUUGCUGUCAUUUGUGUUUGAAUACUUUAUAAAAAGGUUAUUAACUUCAA